AGAGCCCGUGGCGGGCGGGUGACCCGCCCCCCGCGAGUAGUGACCCGGCGCCCCAGCCGCGCUGCACUCGGGCUCCUGCGCCACCGUUCGCUCACCUGCGCCCGCUGCCGCCCCUCGGUGCGCGCAGGGCCCGCCCGCGGCUUAGCGUCCAGCCCAGAGCCGAGACCCGCUGCCCGCCCGCCUGCGCACCCCGAGCGCCACCAUGAACUCGCUAUUCAAGAAGAGAAACAAAGGCAAAUACAGCCCCGCGGUGCAGACCCGGAGCAUCUCUAACAAGGAGCUGUCAGAGCUGAUCGAUCAGCUUCAGAAGAAUGCCGACCAGGUGGAGAAGAACAUCGUGGACACAGAGGCCAAGAUGCAGAGCGACCUGGUCCGGCUGCAGGAGGGCCGGCAGCCUGAGCACCAGGACACGGCCCUGCAGAAGGUGUCAGACUCAGAGAAGUUGCUGUACGUGCUGGAGGCGGACGCAGCCAUCGCCAAGCACAUGAAGCAUCCCCAGGGGGACAUGAUUGCCGAGGACAUCCGCCAGCUGAAGGAGCGUGUGACCAACCUCCGCGGGAAACACAAGCAGAUCUACAACCUGGCGGCUAAGGAGGUGGACCCGCAAGUCAACUGGGCAGCACUGGUGGAGGAAAAGCUGGACAAGCUGAACAGCCAAAGCUUCGGGACGGACCUGCCGCUGGUGGACCACCAGGUGGAGCAGCACAACAUCUUCCACAAUGAGGUCAAGGCCAUAGUCAAGGCCAUCGGGCCCCACCUGGCCAAGGAACAGAGCAGCGAACUCCAGGCCAAGUACCAGAAACUGCUGGCAGCGUCGCAGGCGCGGCAGCAGCACCUGAGCUCGCUGCAGGACUACAUGCAGCGCUGCACCAACGAGCUGUACUGGCUGGACCAGCAGGCCAAGGGCCGCAUGCAGUACGACUGGAGUGACCGGAACCUCAACUACCCCAGCCGCCGGCGCCAGUACGAGAAUUUCAUCAACCGGAACCUGGAGGCCAAAGAGGAGCGAAUCAACAAGCUGCACAGCGAGGGUGACCAGCUGCUAGCCGCUGAGCAUCCGGGGAGAAACUCCAUUGAGGCUCACAUGGAGGCCGUGCACGCAGAUUGGAAGGAGUACCUGAACCUGCUCAUAUGCGAGGAGAGCCACUUGAAGUACAUGGAAGACUACCACCAGUUCCACAAAGACGUGAAGGAUGCUCAGGAGCUGCUGCGCAAGGUGGAUUCGGACCUGAACCAGAAAUACAGCCCUGACUUCAAGGACCAAUACCAGAUCGAGCUGCUGCUGCAGGAGCUGGAUGACCAAGAGAAAGCUCUUGACAAGUAUGAGCACGUGGUGCGGGGCCUGCAGAAGCGAGGGCAACAGGUGGUGCCCCUCAAGUACCGCCGGGAGACGCCACUCAAGCCCAUCCCCGUGGAGGCACUCUGUGACUUUGAGGGUGACCAGGGCCUGAUCUCAAGGGGCUACAGCUACACCCUGCAGAAGAACAACGGGGAGAGCUGGGACCUCACUGACAGCGCAGGGAACAAGCUGACUGCCCCGGCCGUCUGCUUCAUGAUCCCCCCCACUGACCCUGAGGCCCUGGCUCUGGCCGACAGCCUGGGCAGCCAGUACCGCAGUGUGCGGCAGAAGGCAGCCGGGAGCAGAAGUGCACUCCAGCAGCGGCACGAGGUGCUGAAGGCCGAGAACCCUGGAGAUGCCUCUGACCUGCAAGGGCGGCAGCUGCUGGCCGGCUUGGAUAAGGUGGCCAGUGACCUAGACCGGCAGGAGAAGGCCGUCACGGGAAUCCUGCGGCCACCGCUGGAGCAGGGCCGGGCUGUGCAGGACAGUGCUGAGCGUGCCAAGGACCUCAAGAACAUCACCAAUGAGCUGCUGCGGAUUGAGCCUGAGAAGGCGCGUGGCAUGGCUGAGUGCGAGGCCUUCGUGCAGGCCCUCCCGGGCAGCGGCAGUGCACCCCUGCUGAGGACCCGGGUGGAGGACACCAAGCACAGAUACGAGCGCCUGGUGCAGCUGCUGGACUUGGCCCAGGAGAAGAUCGACGUUGCCAACCGUCUGGAGAAGAGCCUGCAGCAGGGCCGAGAGGUGCUGGCCACCUAUGAGAACCAGCUGACCCAGGAUGACACGGUGCCUGAGAGUGGCCGCGCCCUGGAUAGCAAGAGGCAGGAGUUGGCGGCCCUGGCCUCCGAGCUGCAGGCCCAGAAGAAGUCCCUCCUCGGGGAGGUGGAGCAGAACCUGCAGGCAGUCAAGCAGUGCUCCAACUCGCUGGCUAGCCGCUUCCAGGAGCACUGCCCGGACCUGGAACGCCAGGAGGCUGAGGUCCACAAGCUGGGCCAGCGUUUGGACAACCUCUGCCAGCAGGCUGAGCUCAGGGCCCAGAGCCUGCGGGGCGCCAGGGCUGCUUACGAUGACUACCGCAGCGGCUGCGACCGUGUGCUCCAGUUCCUGUCCAACAUUCCCAGUUACGAGCCCCAGGAGACGGACAGCCUCGGCCAGAUGGAAACUAAGCUGAAGAAUCAGAAGAACCUGCUAGAUGAAAUAGCAAGAAGGGAACAGGAAGUACAGCAAGUCUGUGCUCAUUCCCAGCAGUACCAGCAAGCUGUCAAGGACUAUGAAUUAGAAGCAGAGAAACUAAGGUCCCUUCUUGACUUGGAGAAUGGAAGGAGCAACCAUGUGAGCAAGAGAGCCAGGCUCCAGUCCCCUGCUGCUAAAGUGAGGGAAGAGGAAGCGGCUCUUGCUGCCAAGUUCACUGAAGUUAACGCCAUCAACAGACAGAGGUUGCAGAACCUGGAGUUUGCUCUGAAUCUCCUGAGACAGCAGCCAGAGGUAGGAGUGACCCAUGAAACCCUGCAAGGGAGCAAUUCCGGCUCCAGAACAGAGGAGACAUGGAAGAUUCAGAAGGAGCUGGACGAAGAGACCGAGCGGAGGCAGCAGCUAGAGAAUGAGGUCAAGAGCGCCCAGGAGGAAAUCCGGAUUCUGCAGAAUCAGAGGCCCCAGGAAGCAGUGGUGAGGAAGGAGGUGCUGAAGAAGGUGCCGGACCCCGCGCUGGAGGAGAGCUUCCAGCAGAUGCAGCGGACCCUGGCGGAGGAGCAGCACAAGAACCAGCUGCUGCAGGAGGAACUGGAGGCGUUGCAGCUGCGGCUGCGCGCCCUGGAGCAGGAGACCAGGAACGGGGGGCAGGAGUAUGUGGUUAAGGAGGUCCUGCGCAUCGAGCCAGACAGAGCCCAGGCCGACCAGGUCCUGAGGCUGAGGGAGGAGCUGGAGGAGCUGAGGCGGCAGAAGGGCACCCGGGAAGCGGAGGCGGUUCUCCUGCAGCAGCGCAUAGCAGCCCUGGCCGAGGAGAAGAACCGAGAGCGGGAGAAGGUCACAGAGAAGGAGGUGGUGAAACUGCAGAACGACCCCCAGCUGGAGGCAGAGUACCGGCAGCUGCAGGAGGACCAGCAGCGGGAGGGCAAGCGCAGGGAGAAGCAGGAGGAGGAGCUGAGCUUCCUGCAGGACAAGCUGAAGAGGCUGGAGAAAGAGCGGGCCAUGGCCGAGGGGAAGGUCACCGUCAAAGAGGUGCUCAAGGUAGAAAAGGACGUGGCAGCUGAGAGGGAGGCCAGCGACCUCAAACGCCAGUAUGAGGACGAGGCCGCCAAGACUCGUGCCCACCAGAGGGUGAAGAGCGAGCUGCUCCAGAAGAUUUGGGCCUUGGAAGAGGAAAACGCCAAGGUGGUGGUGCAGGAGAAGGUGCGGGAGAUCGUCCGCCCGGACCCCAAGGCAGAGAGCGAAGUGGCCAACCUCCGCCUGGAGCUCGUGGAGCAGGAACGCAAGUAUCGGGGUGCAGAGGAGCAGCUGAAGAGCUACCAGAGCGAGCUGGAGGCGCUCAGGAGGCGGGGUCCCCAGGUGGAAGUGAAAGAAGUGACGAAGGAAGUCAUUAAGUACAAGACUGACCCUGAGAUGGAGAAAGAGCUCCAGAGGCUCCGAGAGGAGAUCGUUGACAAGACCAGACUCAUUGAAAGGUGUGAUUUAGAGAUCUACCAGCUGAAGCAAGAGAUUCAGUCCUUGAAAGACACCAAACCCCAGGUACAGACCAAGGAGGUGGUCCAGGAGAUUCUCCAGUUCCAGGAAGACCCCCAAACCAAAGAGGAAGUGGAAUCUUUGAGGGCCAGACUGUCAGAGGAACAGAAGAAGCAAGUGGAUCUAGAAAGGGAGAGGGCUUCCCAGGAGGAGAAAAUCAAACAGAAGGAGAAGGAGCUUUCCCAGGUGAAGGAAAAGGUGGUCCAACAGGAGGUGGUCAGGUACGAGGAGGAGCCGGGCCUGCGGGCCGAGGUGGAUGCCUUCACCCAGAGCAUUGACGUGGAGCUCCGGCAGAUCGACCACCUCCGUGGGGAGCUGCGGCGGCUGCAGCGCCGGCGGGCUGAGCUGGAGCGCCAGCUCGAGGAGCUGGAGCGUGAGCGGCAGGCGCGCAGGGAGGCUGAGCUGGAGGUGCAGCGCCUGAAGCAGCGGCUGGCUGACCUGGAGAAGGAGGAGGGGGAAGCCCGAGAGAAGGUGACCCUCAAGCAGAAAGUGGUGCUACAGCAGGACCCCCAGCAGGCCCGCGAGCACUCCCUGCUCAAACUCCAGCUGGAGGAAGAAAGGCACCGGCGGCAGGUCCUCGAGAGCGAGCUCGAGACCCUGAAGAAGAAGCUCAUCAACCUGGAGAAGAUGGAGGUCAAGGAGAAGGUGGUCUUCUCCGAAAGCGUCCAGGUGGAGAAAGGUGACACCGAACAAGAGAUUCAGAAACUCAAGAGCAGCCUGGAGGAGGAGAGCCGGAGCAAGAGGGAGCUGGAUGCGGAGGUAAGCCGACUGGAAGCCAAGCUGUCGGAGCUGGAGUUCCACAACUCCAAGUCGUCCAAGGAGCUGGACUUCCUCAGGGAGGAAAACCACAGGCUGCAGCUGGAGCGGCAGAACCUGGAGCUUGAGACCCGAAGGCUCCAAUCGGAAAUUGAAAUGGCUGCGACGGAAACACGAGAUCUGAGAAACAUGACUGUGGUGGACUCUGGAACGAAACUCAACUCCAGACUGUGGUCCCUGGAGAGAGAAUUGGACGACCUCAAGAGGCUCUCCAAGGACAAAGAUCUCGAGAUUGAUGAGCUGCAGAAGCGCCUGGGCUCCGCGGCCGUCAAGAGGGAGCAGAGAGAGAACCAUCUUCGGCGCUCCAUCGUGGUCAUCGACCCCGACACGGGCCGGGAGCUGUCCCCAGAGGAAGCCCACCGGGCCGGCCUCAUCGACUGGAACAUGUUUGUGAAACUCAGGAGCCAGGAGUGCGACUGGGAGGAAAUAUCGGUCAAGGGUCCCAAUGGGGAGUCCUCUGUGAUCCAUGACAGGAAGUCUGGCAAGAAGUUCUCCAUUGAAGAGGCCCUGCAGAAUGGAAGGCUGACCCCUGCUCAGUACGACUGCUACGUCAACAAGGAUAUGUCCAUCCAGGAGCUGGCCGUCCUGGUGUCUGGACAGAAGUAGGCACAGCCCAGCCCUUAGUCUUCUUGGAAGCAGACACUGGCUUGUUCCUUCCCCAUCACCUCUCGGUGUCUUCUCUCUGGCCCUGUGCAGGCUCCUAAUCCGUGUGGAGCUGAGCAUGUCACCCACGCCCUAGCUGCCAGGCUACUCAGAGUACAGUUCACCUAUAGGUGGGACAUGCACUAGGUGCACCGUCUUUCAACCCAGAUGAGUGACCUGCUUUGUCCUCCAAUGAUUCAAAACCCAGCAGCCCUUCUCUCUUCCUUUUCUACACACUCCCAUCAACAGACUCCUCGUGCAACACCUGGAAGCAGUCCGAACACUAAAGCACAAGGCAACCGAGGCAAACAAGCCUGCCCCAUGCAGCACCAGCCUUCACACACCGGCUGGGGAAUCUCUAGGGCAGAAAGGCCUUCCACACACCUUUCCAUUCAUCAAAGGACUGGGCGCCUCGGAGCUGCUGACCUGCAUUCACAGCCCUCCAGGAGUCGCUGAAAGCCAACUUUCCGUCAGACUUCUGGAGAGACAGAUCAGUGAUCUGUGCCAGAAAAGGUGCAAAGAAACCAGCAGUGUCUGGCCCUCUGUCAGCCAGACUGUCCCAGGAAAAUGCACCAUCAGAGACUGUUUUCUGGUUCUGAAAUUAAAGUGUUUUCACAGUGGACUGUGUUGCUGUUAGCCUUGGCUUCAGUGCCUUACAAGUCUUGCUUAUUCUCUUAACUGGUAUUUAGGUAUAUGCUACACAGUUGAUUUUUCACCAAACGAAUUUUCAAAUUUCGCAUUCUCUGUAUCUCAUGUAUUACAUAAGAAAAUGGGAAGUAAUAGGGAGCUCCACUUACAGCACAAAAAUAAAACACCUGGUGGCUUGAUUCUAACUGCA